GGGCGAGGGAGGCGCGGCCCGCCGCUGGCUGAUUGAUCCCAGCCGUGGCGUCGCUCAGUUGGAGCGAGAACAUUCUAGAGAUUGACUGGCGCCGCCGCUGCUGCUGAUUCCGCCCGCCCCAGGACGCUCGGACCCGGCGGCUGCGGCGCCCGCCCUCCCUCCGCCCGGAUAUAAGCGCCCCUCGGCCCCGUUCUCCUUACACACUCGGCUUCGUCGCAGCCCGGGGCGAGCAGCGUUGGGUUUAUGUCUUUAUUGGACGAAAACGAGCUGUUGCGCAGCCAUUGGUACCUGUAUUGGGGGAACAUAGCAUACAAGCAAGAACCUUACAGCCUCAGUGGCGAAAACUUUUUCAUGUCAGAGACCGAGAACUCUUGCAGUCGUUUAUGUCAUCCCGUCUUCUCCAGACAGAAGAUACCAAAAAGCUGCAAUCAAAGAUCUCUUCAUCUUAUUGAUAAAGCUACUAAUAAGACAAAAUGUCUGUCAAUGUCAACCGCAGUGUUUUGGAUCAGUUCUAUCGCUACAAAAUGCCCCGUCUGAUUGCAAAGGUUGAGGGCAAAGGAAAUGGAAUAAAGACAGUUAUAGUCAACAUGGUUGACGUUGCAAAGGCGCUUAAUCGGCCUCCAACGUAUCCCACCAAAUUUUUUGGUUGUGAGCUGGGGGCACAGACCCAGUUUGAUGUUAAGAAUGACCGUUACAUUGUCAAUGGAUCUCAUGAGGCGAAUAAGCUGCAAGACAUGUUGGAUGGAUUCAUUAAAAAAUUUGUUCUCUGUCCUGAGUGUGAGAAUCCUGAAACUGAUCUGCAUGUCAAUCCCAAGAAACAAACUAUAGGUAACUCUUGCAAAGCCUGUGGCUAUCGAGGCAUGCUUGACACAAACCAUAAACUCUGCACCUUCAUUCUCAAAAACCCACCUGAGAACAGUGACACUAGUACAGGAAAGAAAGAAAAGGAAAAGAAGAACAGAAAAGGCAAGGAUAAAGAAAAUGGUUCUGUGUCUAGCAAUGAGACACCAUUGCCGCCACCACCAGACGAACAUGACCCUCCACGUCCAGUGGAGGAUGAUGACGAUGACUGGGGUGAAGACACAACUGAAGAAGCCCAGAGGCGCAGAAUGGAUGAAAUCAGUGAUCAUGCAAAGAACCUCACACUUAGUGAUGACCUAGAAAGAACAGUAGAAGAGAGAGUCAACAUAUUAUUUGACUUUGUUAAGAAAAAGAAGGAGGAAGGUGUCAUUGAGACUUCUGACAAAGAUAUUGUAGCAGAAGCGGAGAGACUGGAUGUAAAGGCUAUGGGCCCUCUAGUUUUGACUGAAGUCCUCUUUGAUGAGAAGAUUCGAGAACAGAUAAAGAGAUAUAGACGCCACUUCCUACGUUUCUGCCACAACAACAAGAAAGCUCAGAGAUACCUUCUUCAUGGCUUGGAGUGUGUGGUAGCCAUGCAUCAAUCUCAGCUUAUUUCUAAAAUUCCACAUAUCCUGAAGGAAAUGUAUGAUGCAGAUCUUCUGGAAGAAGAGGUCAUCCUUAGCUGGGCAGAAAAGGCCUCUAAGAAAUAUGUCUCAAAAGAGCUUGCUAAAGAAAUCCGCAUCAAAGCAGAACCCUUUAUCAAAUGGCUGAAGGAAGCUGAGGAGGAGUCCUCUGGUAACGAAGAAGAGGACGAAGAUGAAAAUAUUGAGGUGGUGUACUCCAAGACUGCCAGUGUACCUAAAGUUGAAACUGUGAAGCCUGUAAACAAGAAAGAUGAUGACAUUGAUAUCGAUGCCAUUUAAAAGUGAUGCAGCCUAGCUUCCAGUGUACUACUGCAAACUGCUCUGCAUUUUUCUUCCAGAAGUGCAACAUCUACAUGCACAAGCUGAAAUGGCUUAACAUCAUGCUACUUCAUACUCCAAUGUCUUUUACUGUGACUGGUCUUGUUUAACUAUAAGCCGAACACCAAGGAGUCAUACGCAUCAGUGAACUGAUCUAGUUGGUUAAUGGCAUGUUUCCUUUUUAAAAGUUGUGUUGGACACACAUACUUGGAACACAUUUAUACAGCUGUGGGAAUAAAGGAUUUGGUUUUGGUCAA